AUGAAAAGCUUAUUUAAAAUAUUCAUUGUCUUAAUGGCAAUGUUAUUUGUUGCCGAAGCAUCACAUUUCCGUUUCGGCUCAAUAUCAUGGCAACCAACAACUUCCUACAAUACAAUUAAAUUCUCAUCAAAUUUUGCAUUUAGAACUACUUUUUUCAAAUCUAGUAAAACCUCAAUUGUACUUGGUGAAUCAAUUUCAGUUGGUACAUUAACAUAUGGUACUGGUUCAGGUAUCGCAUCGAAUUCUGUAGUACUUACUGUCACUGGUUUUGAUCCAAUUAACGAUUGGUUCACAGGUUCAUACACCGUAACUAAAACUUAUCCAGUUCUUGCUUCUGGUGCCUCUAAAACUUAUACUGCCAUUUUUACAGAUUGUUGUAGAAUUAGUUCGCUUAUUAAUAAUAAAGAUGGUUCAUGGAAUAUCACUACCAAUGUUCAAAUCGAAAACAAAUCAGAUCUUUCCUUACUUAACUCUUCACCAGUAUCAAGUAUGCUUCCAAUUUAUAAUGUAAUUUAUGGUAAAAACAACAACUUUAGGAUUAUUGCCUCCGAUCCAAAUAACGAUCCACUCACUUUUUCAUUCUCAACUGUUUAUACAAUGACUCAACCAGCUGGUAUGACUAUUUCACCAAGUGGUGAUGUCUUUUUCAAACCAACUCAAAUUGGUCUAUAUUCAACUCAAAUUUAUAUUCAAGAUAGCAAGUCUGCUUACAUUGUAGUAGAUUUUAUUCUCAACUCAGUUUCUGAACCAGGUGUCUGUGAUGAUAGUUGUGUCAACAAAGGUAUAGUUUGUACUACCAAUUCUCAAUGUACCAACUGUAAUCCAGCUAUUGUAAACAAUGUAAAUAAUACAUGUGUUGUUACAAUUAAUGAACCACCAUACUUUACAAAUCCAACACCAGUCGAUGGUCAAGUUAUUACAUUCAAUACUAAAGUUUCAACCUCGUUCGCUAUUAAUUGUACUAGUGAUAAAUCAACAGUAGUUGUUCAAAGUGCUAAUGUUCCAAAAGAUAUGGCCCAAGUUGUUAACCCAAUUAGUGGUAAUUCACGAAAUCAAAUUGUUACCUAUUCAUGGACUCCAAAAGUUACCGAUGUUGGUUCAUAUGUUAUGUCUGCAUAUUGUAGUGACGCAAAAGAUUUAUCUUCACAAGUUCGUUCAUUCUCAAUUUUUGUUCCAAAACCAAACUGUGGUGCUGGUGAACAAAAUAAUAAUGGUGGUUGUACUUGUCCAACUGGAUGGAAUCCAGAUGUUAAAUGUUUUGAUUGUUCAAAAGGUUAUUAUGGUCCAGAUUGUGUUCCAUCUGAUAAAUGUAUUAAUGGUAAUUCAUAUGAUGGUGUUAAUGGUGAUGGUAAAUGUUCAUGUUAUAAUGGUUGGACUGGUGUAUUAUGUGAUACCCCACUCUCAAGAACAUGUUCUGAUCUUACAAAUUCUAUUAUUGCUACUACUGUUACUCCAAACUCAUACAUCAAUCCAACUUUUGUUUCACUCUAUGUUAAAGAUCAAACCGAAGUUAAAGUUUCAUAUAGUAUUCCAGCAUCUCUCCCAACUCUUAAUGUCUAUGUUUUAGCUGAUGCAAAUGCCCAAGAUUCUACUGUAUUUGGUUAUAUCAAAUCAAACAUGAAUAGUUUUGUUAGUUCCUUCAAGAAAUUCAGUGAAAAUGCUCAAUUUGGUCUUGGUUUCUUUAGCGAUGUCCCAAAUGCUGGCUUUACUUUCCAACCACAAUUAACUAUUGGUAGUGCUAUUGAUACCGGUAUUAGUACUCUCAAUCCAAAUACCUAUGUCUCCGCAUCUAAUGGUAAUUCUCUCGCUUCUUUAAUCGAUGCAGCAUCAAGCCCAUUAGGUUGGACAACAGGUGCUUAUAGGGUUAUUGUUCUUAUUACUGAUUCUGAUCACACUGCUUCAUCAGCUGAUAUCGAAAAACUCAAAACCACUUUAGCUCAACAAUCAAUUAUGCCAAUUAUCGUUGGUUAUAAUAAUGCAGUUCUUCCAAACUGGAGUAGCACUAUUAGCUCAGCUGGUUUUGGUGUUGUUGCCGAAAAGGCUGGAAUUGCAGCCGAUUGGACUCUUAAAGCUCAAGCUGCCUUUACAACUGCUCUUAAAACAAUUGUUUUCAAAGCUGUCGCAGGUGAUGAUGAACAAGUAAUUUCAACUGUUCCAAAUAAAAUUACAGUCAAUACUGGUUCUAUUACCCAAGGUACAGCUAGUGGACUUUUAAUUAAAAUCCCAGCUUCAACUGAUGGUCUUGCCAGUUCACCAACUCCAAGAGUCUCUGCCAUUGGUUAUGGUGCAGUAGAUUUAAGAGUAAAUUACAAUCGUAAGCCAUUUGCCUCGGCUAUAGGUUUUGCUUGUGACCAAAAUGGAAAAGUUAAUUUCAAACUUGCCGGCUCUGAUCCAGAUUCAAAUAUCUUAACAUUUAAAUUUAAAACCCUUCCAGCUGGUGGAAUUAUUUCAGCCAAUAAUGCUAAUGUUAACACUGCAACACAAUAUGCAUCUGAUACUCUAUUUACAUUUUCUGCUUCAACAAACUAUAUCCAACCAUCCUCAUUUAGUUUCAUAGCUAAUGAUGGUUGUCUUGACAGUGAUCAAAAUACAGGUUCAAUUACAAUUAAUAGAGUAAACCAAGCACCAACUUGCAGUCCACAAAUAAUUACCUCUAAAGGUUUAGGUGCAGCCACUCCAGUUACCUUCACCCUAUCAGGUUCAGAUUUCGAAGAUUCAAGCUCAAAAUUAUAUACCAUUUUCCCAUCUCUUUCUGAUAUUUCAGCAUAUGGUGUCUUUAAAACUAAAACUGGUGCUACUAUUACUGCCACCACUCAAAAUAUUGUUGGAAAUGAAAUUUCCUUUACUCAAACAUCCAAUAUUGAUAUUCCCAAAGCUUUUAUUGUUAAUUUUGCAGUAUUUGAUAGUUCAAAUCUUCCAUCAUCAUAUUGCAGUCUCACAGUUAACGUUAUCCAUACCAAUGUUGCCCCAAUUGCCACAGGUUCUACUCCAGUUUCUAUUAUUCCAUUGGGUAUUGCCAGAUUAAAUCUUAACGCCACAGAUAGUGAUUCAAAAUCGGUUUCAUUUACUAUCACUGCCUUUAGUGCUGGUGUUGAUGGCUCAUUCUAUGAAUGUGAUACUCCAGGAACAGCCCUUAUAGUUAAUAAAGUAUUUGGUCCAGUUGACGUCACAUCAGGCAAAGCUUCACUUAACCAAAAAAUUUGCUACUUGGCUCCAGAAACCACAGGCUCCAGCUAUGCUUCGAUUUCUUAUACCACAACCGAUUUUGAAGGUCUUAAAUCUGCUAAUACUUUCACCACUUUAAUUGAUAUUGUUGGUCAACGUUUAAAUAUAGCACCAGAAGUUCUACAAACCCCACCAUUCCAAGUUUAUCAAGAAGAAGUUUCAGAAGUUAUUACUAUUGAUGGUACUGAUGCCGAUCCUUCUGAUAAAGGUAAAUUAAUUGCCGUUAUUUCAACACCACCAGCUAAUGGUGUAUUUGUUAGCGCCAAAACAAAUGGAAAUGCUGUUACACAAGGUUUAGCCCCAUUAAAAUUCUAUUACAAACCAAACAAAGGAUUUUACGGUACAGAUAGUUUUAGUUACUAUGUCUAUGAUACUUUUAAUAGUCAAUCUGGCAUUGCUACCACCCAAAUCACUGUCAAUAGGGUUAAUCAUGCACCAAUACUUACUCUUACAAAUAAAAAGUACACUUCAAAUGACCAAUUCCCAGUUUCUGUUUUAAUAUCUGUUAGGGAUGAUGAGAAUGACCCAGUUACUUGCUCUUUUGUUGGCAAAUUACCAGGCAACUACACUAUUCUUGACAGCGGUAAAGAAUAUGUUUUAGGUGCUCCAUUAUCAUCUCCUAUUUUCCAACUAACAAUCGAUCCAGCUAAAGUUACACCAAAACCAUAUGAAAAUAUCUUUGACACUCUUAAUAUUGAAUGUAUUGAUACUCCAAAAUACACAUAUCCAAAGGCAUUAAGUGCAUCAGGCUCUUUUGUUGUUUACUACGAUUACUUCAACACAAAGCCAAAAACAAAUUCAUUCCAAAUCAGACUAAAUCAAGAUGAUCAAGUUUCAUUUGUAGUUAAUGGUAGUGAUCUCGAAUCACCAGUCUCAGACUUAAAGGUUUCUCUUUUAUCUCUUCCAACAAAUGGAAAGUUACUCUAUAAAAAUGUUGAAAUCGAAAACACCAGUGCCUCCUAUUAUUUACUCGAUGGUCUCACCUAUAAACCAAACAAGGGUAUGUCAGAUUAUGAUACCCAAUACUUACCAUUAGAUAGAUUCAAUUUUGCAGUUAUUGAUGGUAAAAGUCUUGCAUCAGAACCAGCUGUUGGUGAAUUUAAUGUUAACCCAAGAAAUCCACCAAUUUACACUGGUCUUCGUGUUAUCAAUGUUUACCAAAAUACCCGUUAUCCACUUACUAUUACUGGUGUUCCAGGUAAUGGUGGUGUAGAAGUUAAUCUUAAAGUUACUGGUUUCACCGGAAGAGGUAAUCUCUCUGUUUCACACAUUAUGGGUUCAGAAAAACCAAUCGAUUCAUUAAUUUCAACAUACCCAGUCGAUUUAGCCGGUUCAAAUUCAUACAAUCUUGCUUAUAUGCCACCAAGAAAUAAAUAUGGUGAUAAUUUUGAUACUAUUACAUUCCAACUUUAUGACAGAGAUAUUAUUUCAGGCUAUAUUACAAUUAUUGUCAAUGUUAUCCAUGUAAAUCAACCACCAACCAUUACUCCAAUUGGCUAUACCCCAAGCGAUUCAGGUAAUGUCGAAACAUUAUUUAUUGGUAAAGAUUACACUGUCAACAUGAAUGUUGAUACCAAUGUUACUAUUAAAUUUGAUGGUAAUGAUGUUGAUGAACCUGUAAUUCCACUUCAAGCCUUAAUGCCAGUCUUACCAACUCAAGGUACUGUUAGAUUAUUAAAUGGAGAAGUUCUUUCACCAUUACAAAAUAUUACCCAACAUACCGAUGGCCACUACUAUAUUGUCUUUGAACCAAGCCCAGGAGCUGCUUACCCAAGAUAUACUAGCGUUCCACUUUUUAUCAAAGAUGAAUAUGGUCUCUCUUCCGAGGCUACUAAAAUUUUUAUCAAUGUUAACCGUGUAAAUAUUCCACCAUAUGUUACAGUUGAAGAUCAAUAUCAAAACUAUACAUUCAAUACUAAAGAUAUUGUAAAUCUUAAAGGCAUCGUUGCUACUGAUCCAGAUUCAGUAAACAAUAACAUUACCUUAAUUGUCUCAGUUGUUGGCACUAAAAAUGAAUCAGCCCUCCACAAGAGCUUUGUUUCAUUCAAUCUUACAAAUUCACCAUCCUGUACAUUUGAGGCCAAUUAUACAACUGCUACCUGUCUUGCUACUAAUCCUACAGUCCUUAAAAUAGUUCAAUCCAUUUCAGUUCAAGGUUAUAUUGCAGGUGAUUAUCGUCUUAAGAUUUUCGUAAAUGAUAUGGGUUACAAUGCUCCACAAGAAAUUAGAAGCCAAAGCUUUUUAAAUGCUACCAACUAUGUUUAUCUUACAGUCAAGAAUGCAAACACAACAAAUAAAUCAAAUAAAACAAUUUUAUCUGUUGCAAUUGCUGCUGCCGCCGCUGCUACUGCCAUUAUUGCCUCAGCUAUUUGGAAAUUAGUCAAGAAAGCUGCUCCACCUACUGAUGCUUUCUUUGGUGAAGGUGCAUGGUCAGGUGAUGGUGUUUCAACAAAUCCAUUAUAUGAAAACAAUCAUAAUAAUAGUGGUGUUAAUCCACUCUAUGAAAGUGGUGUUGAUGCUUAA